AAAAGCAAGAGAGUACUUUUAAAACCCGCGUUCCAUCCGACACACAAACGGACACCGUGUUUUCCUGCCAGUCUCGGACGGAGCAGCAGCGAGAAGGGAGAGAAGAAAGGAGAAAGGAGAAGAACGAAGAAAGAAAGAAAAGAAAGGAAGAAAGAAGGGGAAGAGCCAGGCGAGUCUGAGACCCUGUGAAAAAGCCUGAUACGAGAAGGGAGAAGAGGAAUAAGCGCCAGACGAGGCCCCAAGACAUGCUCUGGCACCUCGAAGCAUAUAUGGAAACGAUAUAUUUUAGGGAUUUUAGAUUGAGAUUUUAACAUGGGGGAUGAUUUAUCAUGGAGAUUGCGACCUCCAGGCUCCGUUGGACCAGAAGUGGAUAUUUCCGUAAGACUGCCAGUUGAUGAUGAUGAGAUGUUGGAGGGCAGGAGAGAAGAUGAAACCCCUCUCAUCAAGCGGGCAGUGCCACACUUUCGAGGCAACGUGGUGUAUGCCUGCUUCCUCCUCCUUGGCCUGGGGACGUUGCUCCCAUGGAACUUUUUCAUCACUGCAGAGACGUAUUGGCAGUACAAGUUCCGCAAUGCAUCUGUUCCCCAAAAUGCUUCCGAUGUUGAGAAGACGAACUUGCAAGAGCUAUACACACCAAUGCAAGUGUGUUUGUCUCAAGUGCCAAACUUCCUCUUCCUCUUCAUCAAUGCUUUAUUUAGUCACUUGAUAUCUCAGCGUGUGCGGCUCAUUACAUCACUGACAAUGAUGAUAAUCCUCUUCUCUUUGACCACCACCUUCACCCAGGUUCCCACGGAUAACUGGCAAGGGGGAUUUUUUGCCCUCACAAUGUUCAUCAUCAUCCUUAUUAAUAGUGCUGGAGCUAUUUUCCAAGGGGGUCUCUUUGGAGUUGCUGGCAUGUUCCCAGAGAAAUACAUGACUGCCGUUGUGUCUGGCCAAGCACUUGGUGGAGUGUUUGCAUCAGGGGCUCGUAUAGUGUCUCUGUCAGUAGGAGCAGCAGAUGCAACAUCUGCUUUUAUCUACUUUAUGAUUGCAGUGGGUGUAAUGAUCAUCACCCUCGGUGCUUUUCUCUACAUGUCCAAUACUGAUUUUUACAAGCACUACACAAACUGCCAAGGGCCUGAGAAAAAUGAAGUUCCGGAGAAGAGAUCUCUAGGCAGUGACAUCCUGAUCUUCAAGGAAAUCUGGCCCGUAGGGGUGUCUGUGUGUGGUGUGUUUGCUGUGACUUUGGCCGCAUUCCCAGCACUUUGUGUUACAAUCCAAUCUACCUCAGAGAAUAAAACAUGGGCAGAGGUCUAUUUCCAACCUGUUGUUACAUUCCUGCUUUUCAAUGUUGGUGAUUAUUUGGGGCGUCAGGGUGCUGGUAUGAUUAUGUGGCCACGACAAGGGUCAAAGAUUCUGUAUCUCAUGACGUUUCUACGGCUGAUUUUCAUUCCCUUGUUCCUGUUUUGCAACAAGCCUGAUUCCAGCAUACCAAGUGUCUUCGCUCAUGAUUCCUGGUACAUCUUGUUCAUGCUGCUCUUCUCCUUGUCCAAUGGAUACUGCUCAUCUCUCUGCAUGACAUAUGGGCCCAAGAUGGUCUCGGAAGAUAAGGCAGAGAAGGCCAGCAGCAUGAUGGCUGCUAUGCUAGGCCUGGGUCUCCUGACAGGUGGCUUGCUGUCAUUUGCUUUUAGACUCAUUGGGUAAAGAGGCAAGCAUUCCUUACUCUGGCUUGAAGAAUCAACAAGUAAAUUAGAAAUAUUUUAUUGACAAUUCCUUCCUACAGUAAGGGUAAAGGAAGAUGUGUUCAAGUUCUCUUUGAAUGAUGUGAAAUUUUUCAUCGUUAAAGGAAAGAAUCCUAGACUUUUAGAAGUAAAUUGAUCAUACCAGGUAUUCAGUCUUGAAGAUGGGAAUUGGAGUAAAAAUUUGAUUGUAUUUCUAAGAAUGAACAUAAAUGUUUAUGAGGAUUGGUUCUCUAACAGCUCUCUUGAUAAAUAUUGUCAUGGUUAAAAGAAAAUGUGCAAGAAUUGUAAAUGCCUGGCUCCUAGAACUUUGUAUAUGAUUUUUUAUCAUUAUUAUUAUUAUUGUUAUUGUUAUUAUUAUUAUUAUUAUUAUUAUUAUUAUUAUUAUUAUUAUUAUUAUUAUUAUUAUUAUUAUUAUUAUUAUUAUUAUUAUUAUUAUUAUUAUUAUUAUUAUUAUUAUUAUUAUUAUUAUUAUUAUUAUUAUUAUUAUUAUUAUUAUUAUUAUUAUUAUUAUUAUGAUGUGUUAUCUGGGAAGAAGUGAAUGAGUAGGAUGUGGGCUGUGACCCACCUGAUAAUACCUUGAAUAUUUAUUUAUAAGAAAGAAAGAAUUAACAUUGGAUCAAAAGGGUUAUUACCCCUGUUCUAAUACCUGUUAUUGGUUUCCAGGUAUAGAAUAAUAUUUGAGAAAUUUGAUUCCUUAGAAUGUCGAUUCUCCUUCGCUUGAUAUUUGCGAUUAAGGAGAAUGGUUAUCCCGGUAAUAAACCAGUGACUAUAACAAUUUAUAAAGAUUUUGAUGUAAUUUUUAGGGAUAAAGAUGGUUGUAAAGACUCAGAUCCUGGCAUUCACAGUUGAGGCACAGGAUAUUCUUGUAAGCAGAUUACUCUGUGAGAUUGAUGAAUGGGAUCAUAGUUCAUUUGUAUUUUCAUUGAACUUUUAUUUAUUAUGUAUGUUUUUCUCUACUUUAUCUAGGAAUUUAUUAUCUAUAUCUGUUUUAAAAUAUCAAAUCUAGGCUUAUUUUUCUAAGGUAUUUACUAAAGGAUAUCCAUAAAGCCUUGCAAUGUACCUGUGUUCAUUUAACACAUUUGUCAAUGUUUUAUAUUUUAUUUCAAGAGAUUAUAAGAUGGUAGAUUAAGCUUUUUAUUUUUGCAAUGAUUGUGAAUGCAUUUAUAUACUCAGCAGUGUAUGAGGAGAAGGAACAUAUUUCUGGAAAUUUAGGAGGGCUUUCACUUUUUUUAAUGUUGACAUAAUAAUGACUAUACCUGUUGGUAGACUAUUGGUACAGAACAGGAAUAAUAUAAUUAUAAACUAUAUGUUCAUUUAUUUUGUAGCACAAACAUAUUACAUUUUAAUAAUAUGGAACUUAAGCCAUAUGUUUAUCAAUUCCAUUUUUAAAAGUUCUUUUGUUUGCAAAAUAUUAAUGGUUAUGUCUCAAGUUAUCAAUUCUGUAGAUUCAUUUUUGACUUAUCUUUUUUUUUUUUUUGCCUGAAGUACUCAUUUGUAAAGAUAAUGGCUUUUUUAAGCUGGAAUUAUUAUUUGGUCAUUUCUGGUAAAAUGUAGACAUUUACAAACUUAGAUUAAUGUUGUGAUUACAAGGUAUACAGUAUAGAAAACAAUGGAGAAAGAACAUAUUAUUCAGUUUAUUUAUAAGGCAGGGAGUAUGUGCCUGGUACUUCUAAAUGAUCUUAUUUUCACAUUAUAUAAUGUAUGCUUCUUUUAUAAAUGGAGACAUUAUUAACA